UUUGUUAGGUUUCAAGAUGGCGGGAGGAAACCCCCCUCUCCUCUGUUUGAUUUUAAUAUUUUUAUGCAAAAUAUAUACCAGCAAUGCACAAGUGUUGUCUCCACCAUACUUCAACUUAGCUCAAGGGAGGAAUAUCACAGCUUCGGCGACUUGCGGCGAGGAUGUCGCGAAUCCCGAACUUUUUUGCCGUUUGACAGGAGCCACAGGGCGAGGAGCGGAAUCGAGGGAACUCAUUCAGGGACAACUUUGUGACUAUUGUAUGCCCGAUAUCCCCGACCAAAAUCACGGACCCGAAUACGCAAUAGAUGGAUCCCAGCGAUGGUGGCAGAGUCCUCCUCUAUCCCGAGGUGUUCAGUAUAAUCAGGUCAAUCUUACCAUCAACUUGGGUCAGGAGUUCCAUGUCGCCUAUGUGUUCAUCAAGAUGGCCAAUUCCCCGAGGCCGGGAGUCUGGGUUCUGGAGAGAUCCACAGAUUUUGGCUCAACUUAUCAACCCUGGCAGUAUUUUGCCGAUUCCCCAAGUGACUGUCUCAAGUUCUUCCACACCCCUGCCAACACCAGCAUCGGCCGCGACAACCAAGUCCUCUGUACAACUGAGUUCUCCAAGGUCGUACCUCUUGAGAAUGGCGAGAUUGUGGUUUCGCUCGUUAAUGGGAGACCCAAUGCCCAGAACUUCUCUUAUGCAUACGACCUUCAAGAGUGGACAAAGGCUACUAACAUCAGAAUGAGGCUGAUCCGCAGCAAAACUCUUCUUGGCCAUCUGAUGGCCAUUGCAAGACGGGACCCAACAGUCACACGAAGGUACUACUACAGUAUCAAAGACAUCUCCAUUGGUGGCCGCUGCGUGUGCAAUGGUCACGCCAACACGUGUGAUCGCCCGGACCUGAAUGACGCCAACAAGCUCCUCUGUAACUGUGUGCACAACACGUGUGGAGACCAGUGCGAGUACUGCUGCCCAGGAUUUGUACAGAAGAAGUGGCAGCGAGCUUUAGCAGAUCUGCGCUUCGAGUGUGAACCGUGCCAGUGUUAUGGCCACAGUGGCGAGUGUGUGUACGAUGAGGAGGUGGACCGACUGCGGCAGAGUAUUGAUAUCUAUGGCACCUAUGAGGGCGGCGGUGUCUGCCAGAAUUGCAGGGACAACACAAUGGGAAACAACUGUGAGCAGUGCACUCCCGGCUACUUCCGCCCAUACAGAGUGCUCCGCAAUGCUACAGAUGCUUGUCGUCCUUGUCAGUGUGACCUGCAUGUAUCCACAGGAGAGUGUGAGGAGGGAUCUGGCAGGUGCUUGUGCCGACCCGAGUACACAGGAGAGCUCUGUGACAGAUGCAGUGUGGGCUACUAUGGUUACCCUACUUGCAUCCCUUGUGACUGCGACUUCAAUGGUACCGAGGGCUCUAUCUGUACUGUACAGAGUGGAAGCUGCCCCUGCAAACCCAACUUCGACGGACAGAAGUGUGACAUGUGUGCGCUUGGAUACUACAACUUCCCUACAUGUCAGCCCUGCGUGUGCAACAGCAUCGGCUCCCCCACCACCACGUGUGACAUCAGCAAUGGCCAGUGUCAGUGUACCCAGAACUACGGCGGCAGGGACUGCAGCAUGUGUGCUGAUGGCUUCUACAACUUUCCCAACUGCGACUACUGUAACUGCGACCCUCAGGGUACAGAAGGGGAGAUCUGUGACAAGGUGGGAGAAUGCUUCUGUAAGCCCAACUUCUCUGGCCUACAGUGUGACAGAUGUACGCCCGGUUACUUCAGCUACCCUGACUGUAGAGAGUGUGACUGUGCUGACAUUGGCUCUAUCAGCCCAAUCUGUACAGACAAUGGCCAGUGUCGCUGUCGAUCAAAUUUUGGCAGUUACAAGUGUGAUCGUUGUGCACCAGGCUUCUACCGAUUCCCUGACUGUGUCCCGUGCGACUGCGACGUUUAUGGGUCCUUAACACGGACAUGUGACCAGACAACAGGCCAGUGUACAUGCAGACGCAACUUCCAGGGUCUCAUGUGUGACAAAUGUCUGGAAGGACUCUACAACUACCCGUACUGUGAAGAGUGCAACUGCAACCCUGCUGGAGCGAAGGAGAUCCCUGGCUACCCCCUUGGGGGCUGCGGAACUGUCACCAAGGGGCAGCUGUGUGAGUGCAAGGACGAGGUGAUGGGACGCAUCUGUGACACAUGUAAACCAGGCUUCUGGAACCUCAACAGGAACAACCCACGUGGCUGUGAAGAGUGCAAUUGUUUCCGGCCGGGUACAUUGGGCGCCAUCAAUAUUUGCGACACUAACACUGGACAGUGUAUGUGCAAGCCUGAUACAGGUGGACGGAACUGUGACCAAUGUCUUGACGGCUACUUUGGGCUCUUGGAGGGAAAUCCAUUUGGCUGCAUGGACUGCAACUGUGAUGUUGGAGGUUCCAUCACAACCGCCUGCAACAAGAACAAUGGACAGUGUGUUUGCAAACCCAGAGUAUCAGGAACAAAAUGUAACAUCCCGAUAGAGUCCCACUUCUACCCUGAUCUGCACCAGUACAAGUAUGAGAUUGAAGAUGGCACAACACCAGAGGGCGCUCAGAUCCGUUAUGGCUAUGAUGAAAGGAUCUUCCCAAACUACUCAUGGAGGGGAUAUGCCGUUCUUAUUGAUAUUCAGCCAGAGGUUGUGCUGGACAUAUACAUUAACAAGCCCAGCCUGUACCAGAUCAUCUACCGUUACAUAAACAGGAACGACCAUACGGUCAAGGGGAAGGUGACUCUCACACCAGACAUCUCGACUGACAUUGAGCAGACCAGUGAGAUAGUGUUCCUGCCCAACCGUGACCCCUCCUUCAGCAAGGUUGGCAGCACGGCAACUGGCUCCACCUUUGUAUUGAACCCUGGGAGAUGGAGGAUCUCCACCCAAGUCCCAGACAGCGUCUUCUUGGAUUACUUUGUGCUGAUACCACAAGGCUUCUAUGAGGCCAGUGUUCUACAAAAAAAGAUCAUUCGACCAUGUAGCAUUCCAAAAGAUGAUGGCCCAUGCCUGCACUACCAGUACCCAGACAUCUCCUUGUACCCCACGGUGCGAGGGGAGGGUGGCUAUGUUAUCGAGGACCAGCAGAGGGUCAGUGUGAGUCUGUAUCCUGAUGCUGAUGUCGUGGAUGAACUAGAAACCACGGGGAUGGCACACUUGAAUGGCAACCAGACCUUCUUCUACCUUGACCUUGUGAUCCCGGAGCCAGGCGACUACGUGCUGGUCUUCAACUACUUCAAUCCAACAUCUGUGGUGCAGAACGUGGAUGUGGAUGUGGCAUCCGAGGCUGGCCGACAGAAGGCCAUACUCAAGCUCAAUGAUUGCUAUUACAGUUCACUGUGUCGCCAGGUGCUCAAUGAUGAGUUAGGCAUGGUGGCUGUCUUCAAUAUCAGCACAGGCUACGUCUCACUAACCAUCCGGGGUGAUGACAAUGUUGACGCAGCUAUUGAUUCAGUUGUUGCUAUUCCAUAUGGUGAGUGGACAACCAACUUCAUCAAACCCAGGAUCAUCUGCAUCAAAGUCAAUGGAGUGUGUAUCCCCUCUACGUAUUCAUCACCUGUGGGAUCGUUUAGAGUAGACUUUGAACAGUCUCCUAACCAAGGUCUGCUUGCCACAGAACGUCCAUACAAUGUGAUGGAUCCCAAUGUUGGACUUGUCAGGCUCAACGCUACCAGUACUGAGGUUGAGAUAGAAGGUCAGAUAGACAAUCCAAACCAGCACGUGUUUGUUGUACACUUCUACAUGCCCACAGAGGUUGGCCUCACUAUCCCUGUCACCGUCACGGCUGGUGACAGACAAGUCACAGGUGAGUCCAGUUGCAAUCAGGUCGUAAGCGACAGUGAGUUCUGUCGUGAGAGUGUCUUUACUCUGACUUCGGAGUUUAACAAUGGUGCCCUCCAGUGUGACUGUAACAUUGACGGGUCUCUCAAUUUCAACUGUGAUCAGUUUGGUGGACAGUGUCAGUGCAGAGAGAACGUGAUUGGUAGAAACUGCACAGCUUGCAAACCUGGAUACUACGGUUUUCCAAGAUGCAAGCCCUGCAGCUGUCUGUAUGGCCUGUGCCACCCCCUGAAUGGGGAGUGUAUCUGUCCCCCCAAUGUGGAAGGAGACAGGUGUGACCGAUGUGAGCCAGAGACCUAUGGAUUUGAUGCCCUCAUUGGAUGCCAGGACUGUAACUGCAACAGGAAUGGCGUGCAGGACCAAGACCUCAACUGCGAUCAGACAACUGGACAGUGCAGAUGUCUGCCGAAUGUGAGUGGCCGAAAGUGUGACACAUGUGACCCUGGUCACAGCAUCUUCCCUUACUGCCAGCCAUGUGACUGUGACCCCAGCGGUACCACAGUUGAUAUCUGCAACCAGAACACAGCCAGGUGUAUCUGCAAGGAGAAUGUUGCUGGCCCAAGAUGUGAUAUGUGUGCUGCAGACACAUACUACUUAAACAAGGAAAACCUUCGUGGAUGUACCACCUGCUUCUGCUUCGGCGCCACCACCAACUGUGACAGCUCCACCUUCUACUGGAACGCGCUGAUACAAAUGAGCAACUGGGGAGUGACAAAUGUGAAUGCUGAUGUGAUUGAGGCUGGAAGCACCAUCGCUGUGAAGGCAGCCGAUUCCAUCAUUGACUCCAAUGAAGCCAUAUACUGGGUGGCCCCUUCGGAAUAUUUUGGCAACAUGAUCAAGUCCUAUGGUGGUGAGCUCGUGUACCAGGUAUUGUUCACCCUUCCAAGGGGAGAUGAUGCUCAACUCACGGAGGGACUUGUAAGGCCUGAUGUAAUAUUGGUGGGAAAUAACAUGACAAUAGUGCACUACAGUGAGGACCAGCCAGCCCCAAAUUCAAGAGUUAGGGUGCAAGUAGAGAUAUUCGAGUACAACUUUGUCCAUGCCAACACUCGGGACACCGUGACAAGGGAGCAGUUUAUGAUGCUCCUCAUCAACUUGCAAGCCAUACACAUCAGGGCCUCGUACUUCACUCUGAUUGAUGAAGCCAGACUGACCGAUGUCGUGCUUGAGGUGGCCACAGUGGAUGGUCUGGGUGACGCAGCGCUGUCUGUGGAGCAGUGCCAGUGUCCUGUCAACUACCAGGGAUCCUCAUGCGAGGAGUGUGCCCAAGGAUACUACCGAUCUCGUCCUACCCCAUACCUCGGCAUCUGUGUUCCUUGUGAGUGCAAUGGACAUGCCGAGUCAUGUGAUCCCAUCACAGGAGAGUGCUUGAACUGCCAAGACAACACAACAGGACUUCAUUGUGAACAAUGCCUGACAGGAUAUUUUGGUGACCCGGCAGUCGAAGGUUGUCAAAUCUGUGCUUGUCCUCUGCCACUGCCCUCUAACAAUUUUGCAGCUUCCUGUGUGAUAUCAGAAAGUGGCCUCACUACCUUUUGUGAGUGCCUUCCCGGAUACUAUGGUCCCAAUUGUGAAAGCUGUGCUUCUGGUCACUAUGGCAACCCUUACAAUGUUGGUGAGAGGUGCCAGCAGUGUGGGUGCAGUGGUAACAUCAACCUCAAUGACCCCUACAGCUGCGACCGUUACACCGGCGAGUGUCUCAUCUGCCUCAACAACACCGCUGGCAGCUACUGUGACAGAUGCCAGGAUUGGUAUUAUGGCGAUGCCAUUCAGAGAAAGGACUGUGCAACCUGUGCCUGUGACACAUGCGGUUCUGAAAGCUGUGACAAUAGUAACGGUGUCUGUACUUGCAAAACUAAUGUGAUUGGCCUGGACUGUGAUGAAUGUGCACCUUACACAUGGGGGUUUGAGUACUGUAUGGGAUGCACCAGCUGUGAUUGUGGGGCUGCCUCCAUCUCCCCCCAGUGUGACCUGAGGACAGGUCAGUGUGAGUGCCAGCCCAACGUCAUCGGACAGAAGUGUGACCAAUGCCAGGAGGGCUACUGGAACUAUGGGGCGGCAGGAUGUCAACGCUGUGAAUGUAUGGGAGAUGGAGCUGUGACCUGUGAUGCUGUCAGUGGGCGGUGUCAGUGCUUGCCUGGUGUCACUGGGGAGAUGUGUGACAGGUGCUUGGACAGAUGGGUCCUUAUACCAGAAGUUGGAUGUCAAGAAUGUGGCUACUGUGUCCAUCUUCUGAUGGAUGACCUUGACUUCAUGGACAGGAACGUCACAGUAAGUCGGCGAACACUUGCUAGUGUGUCUGUUGGAGUUGCUGCAUUCCAGAAACUCUCGGACAUGAACCAGACCAUCGCUGACCUCAGGCCUCAUGUUCGCAACCUCUACAAAAACACAGAUCCAAUUGAUGUGACCCCUUUUGAGGACGAGAUUGCCAAACUGGAUGACAGUGCAAUGAGAACUCUUGAUCGAGCUGUGUAUAUCGAUGCGGAGGCUACAGCUCUAGGUAAUGAUGUGGACAGCCUCCAGGUUGCAGCAUAUGACAUGGAGAGCACUAUCACCGAGAGUACCCAGGAUGGUCGUGCUGCUGUGACAGACGUCAGACAGGUGUUACAGCGUAUCCUGGCCGGCAUCCAGGUGGCCAACAUUGACACAUACAUCCGAGAAGCAGAACGUAUCUUACAGGAGAUCGUGUCCAGGGACUUUAGUCCCAGGAAUGACUCCGCUAUAAUGGAACUGAUGGAGGCUCAGAAAGCCCUGAACCAAUCUGAUGAGCUUCAGAUGGCUGCUGCAGAGCAGUUGGAGUUCCUGAACAGCAUCCGGGACAACAUCACAGACGCUGAGGCUCGAUACAAUGAUCUGCAGAAUAACACUUUGUUCUCUGACAUUGAUUCAAGGAAGGCUCAAGAGCUGUCUAAUCAACUGAGAAACAAUGACCUUGCAGCCCUACUGGAAGACAUUGAUGACAUCCAUGAAGGGGAGAAAGAUACAGUUGGCCUUUUGGAUGAUGCUAAUGAGCUGAUUAAUGGAGCAAGAGAUGCGCUUAACAGGAGUGAGGAUGCCUUUGAGGCUCUACAAGAUGUGUCAGGUCAGUUGGAUUCAGCCUUUGUCACCAUGACAGAGGCACAGGAUAUACUGACGAACAAGCUUGAGGACGUGGAGCCCCUGGUCAACCAGAGCAUUCAGAGAGCCGAUGACCUGGAGAACCAGGCUGAGGCCCUUGACCAGAUGUACACAGACACAAGGCAGGUGGCCGCUAAUGCUCUCCAAGCUGCCAAUGCCUACAAGGAUAUAGUGGAUGCCAUCAACAGUGCUGAAAAUGCUUCUGCCAGUGCAGAACAAGAUGGAGAGGAUGCUCUCAGCAAAUCCAGUGGUGUUGGCGACAAAUCUGCCAAGUCCAGAGAGCGCAGCAUUACACUUUUGGAGUCCGCAAAUAAUGCCUAUGAUGCAACACAGACGGAUCUGCGUGUUGACAUCAACAAUGCCGUUGAUGCUCUAAGCAAUGUUGGUCUGAUGAAUUUGAAAACACAGAAGGACUUAGAUGAAGUCGCAGCUGCUCUUGGCAAUCUACCCUCACGUGAUUCUGGAGACCGAGCAAUGAAGGUGACAAAUGAAUCAGUGGAUGCUAACUCGCGUGCAGGAGCUGCACAGGAGCGUGUGAAAACGAUCUUGUACCUGCUGCCUGAAGACAAGAUCAAGAUUGAGCAACUCACCAACCAAAAGUUUGCCACCAAACGGCUGUUGGAGGGGGUUGAGAAGCAAGUGAACAGUGCAAGAGACAUCAAUCGUCUGACCCUCCUUUUGGCUCCCCUGAAAGAACAGGCUCGCAACAUGACAGGUUUCGGCAACAGGGUCAACCUCAACAUGGCAAAACUCAAAGAGAAGAUAGCACUGGCCAGAGACGAGGCUAACAGGAUCCGAGUUGGAAUCCGAUUCUUGGGCAACACAUCUCUGACUCUGCGUAACCCAGCCAAUCUGGAGCAAGCAGGGUCCUACAGCAAGAUCUCCCUGUUCUUCAAGACCAGCCAAGAAAAUGGUAUGCUCUACUACAUGGGAGGAGACCAGAGAUCAGGCAGACAAGAUGACUACAUUGCCCUGGAAAUGUUGAAUGGCCAGGUGGUGUUCCGGUUUGACCUUGGAUCUGGCCCUGCCAACAUCAUCAGCUCUGGAACCUACAAUGAUGGCCAGUGGCAUCAGAUCACUGCCACAAGGAUUGGCAAGACUGGCUACCUGAAAGUCCAGACGGACAAACAGGAUGAUGACGAUGUUGAGGGCACUUCUGAUGGGACGUUCACUGUUCUGGGACUUCACCCUGCCACUGCUGUCUUCUACGUGGGAGGGGCACCUCUUGGAAUGGUGCUCCCAAGUAACAUUAAUGGUCAGAGGUACAUUGGUGUCAUGGAGGAUCUCAAGUUUGAUGAGCAGUCUCUAGGACUCUGGAACUUCAUUACUGCAGAUAACAACUAUAUUGGAGAGAAUGAACGAGAUGUGAUGAAGAGUGUCAGCUCAAAUGGUUUGCGAUUCAAUGGCAAGGGAUAUGUGAUCCUCAGCAAGAAAGCCCUUGGACUUCGGCCAGACAAAGCAAUCGAUGUCAUCUUGAAGUUCAAAACAUAUGCAGAGAAUGGUCUCCUGGUGUACAUGACUGAUAACAAAAAGGACUUCUUGUCUCUGGAGCUCCGAGAUGGCAAGAUCUUCUUCCAGUUUGACCUUGGCAGCAAUCGUGCCGUUCUUAUGGCUGACAACAAGUACAAUGAUGGGGAUUGGCACCAGCUUCAAGCCAGUAGAAUGAACAACAAGGGACUGCUCAAGGUGGAUGGCCAGACAGUUGACCAAGGAGAGGCUCCAGGUAAUCUCAAGCAGCUGUCCAUAUCAGAUGACAUCUUCAUAGGAGGCUACAACGAGAUCCUGGUACCCACAGAUGACGUAGCCACUAAAGGCUUUGAUGGCUGCAUAAAGGACAUCCAGUUUGGCACUCAGACCUGGGACUUGAAUGACAACAAGAGAGCUAUUGGUGUCGCCAGAGGCUGUCCCGAACAGAUUGCCAGAGUCGCCUCCUUCACAGCUAACCGACAGGGCUUUGCUGCUGUUUCCUCGGAGAGUAUUGGCCAGAUGUUUGACAUAACGUUUAAGAUGAGAACAUUUGAAAAUGAAAGUCUCAUACUAUAUGCUGCUAGUUCUGACCAGCUAGAAUCUGUGACUGAGACACCUGAUAUGUCUAUGGCUGGUCAGUGUGCUCUCCCUGACCGCCCAGACAUGAUGGUUCAAGGACUCAUUGACGGAAUCAGGUUCGGGUCGACCUCUGAUAGUCGAGAGGAGUACAAGAAACUGCCUUCAAGGUUCAGGAUUAGGUCACUGUUUGAAUGCCAGUUUAAGACCACAGCUGAGGAUGGUAUCAUCAUGUACAUGGCUGACAGCCGCCAUAUUGAUCACAUUGCAUUGUACAUGAAAGGAGGCCAGGUGGUGUACACCUUCAACUGUGGCAGUGGUGCCGCAGUGGUAACAAGUCCCAAAAAAUAUAAUGAUGGACAGUGGCAUAAUGUGAGGUUUGCCCGGGCCCAAACACAGGGUAGUUUGGAGAUUGAUGGAGAGAGAGUAGGGGAUGGACGGUCCUUGGGCCGUACCAGAUCCAUCAAUGUACGGACACCUUACUUUGUGGGAGGCAUUCCUAUGGACCUGAAGAAGAAAGCUGCCAAUAAUCUCAAGGGUGUCUCUGGAAGUUUCAUUGGUUGCCUGAAGAACUUCAAGCUGAAUGACAAGAUGUUUGGUACACCGGUAGAGACGACUGCUAUCAAGCCUUGCUCAGAUGCCAUGGAGGCUGGUUCCUUCUUCACAGCUGAUGGAGGAUAUGUCAAAUUAUAUGACAAGUUUAAGGUUGGCCUUGACCUCCUGAUACGUGUGGAGAUCAAACCGAGGUCAGUCACUGGUUUGAUUCUGGCAGUUCAUGGCAGGGGAGACUACCUUGUAUUGCAGAUGGUAGAUGGCAAGAUCAUCCUGAGAGCAGACAAUGGCAUGGGGGCCAUCACAGCUACUUUCACACCUUCCAUGUCCACCUCUCUCUGUGAUGGCCAGUGGCACGUAAUCAAAGCUAUAAAGGCCAAAGAGAUAGUGAAGCUGGAGGUUGAUGGUGUCACUGCCCCCAUUGGACAGGGCAAACCAGGAGUAUCUGCAGCUGACACUAAUGAUCCACUCUUCAUUGGUGGUGCACCAGACUACACUGCCAAGGGUGUUGAUGCCAAGACCAGCUUUGUGGGUUGUAUACGCAACGUGCAGCUUGAUGGGAAGAUGCAAUACAUUGGCUCUGGAAGUGCCAUCGGCAGUGUCAAGAUGGAUUCCUGCCCAGUCAACUAAAGCUCAGCAUAAUAUAUCAGUUGCCAUGGUUACAUACAUAUAAAAAUUAAGAUGUUUAAUCUCCUGAUGAUUGUGCAACACAGUGGGUGUCAUCAUGUGCCAAUAUUUCUGUUUGUCUAUGUAGAUUGUUUUCAUGUGUUUUCAAUGUUUUGUUGAAGCAGUGAUUUGUUCAUGCCCAAUGCAGGGGCAAAUGUCCCUCAACUAUGAUAUUACUGAAACCUAACAAGCAUUAUGGGGUACACAAGAGCAUGAACCAAAUCAGACUGUAACAUUAAGAAAGCAUUGCUGGAACUUAGUGUUGUGUUGUAUUACAUGUUUUGAUAUGAUGCAGAUUUGCAUUUGUGCAAACAACUGGUUGGUCUGAUAUAUUUUAACAAGGAUCAAUUUCAGUGACAUUUGAUUAAAUGUUGAUGAAUAAAUAGGAGGAGAAAAUGUUAUUUUUAAUUAUUCAAACAAAUUUUACUGUGAGGAAUUCAGCCGAAAUCACUUCGCUGGCUAUCAAGGGGAAAUAUAUGAAACAUAUUAUCUUCCUAUUUUCUUACUGACAUUUAAUACCUAAGCAUCAUACUCAUAUUUUGUAUGUUUAUCAACAUAUAUAAGCAUUAAAUGAAACUCUGAAUAUGAUAAAAUCAUAUGUACAGUUUCUUUUGGUGGUCAGUAUACAUGUAUCAGGUGGCAACUGAGCGAACUGAGGUCUCAGAAACUGAUCAGUGGACCAAAACUUACAUGCAGUGUUGUAAACAAUAAUGCCACGAAAAAUUGGAAUUUGAAUUGUAACCAUGGCAACCUGAAAAUGCCCUGAUGAUUUGAUCCCUACCUUCCUCCCUCCCCACCCUAAUCAAUAUUUUGAUGUAGGAGAGAUAUGUGACUGGUUCAUGUCACAACAAAAUUUACAUCAGUGCUGUGAUUCGUCCCACAAAUGAAGAUUUCAAAUUAUCAAUUUGGGUGUUUCUGUUUUAAAGGAGGUACACCUUUUAUUCAGGGAGUUUUAUCUAAGUCAUUUCCCACAUCAAAAUAUUUAUGUAGUUAUAGUGUUCAGUAUCUGACAUCUUGUAGAUAUUUCUUUAAGCAUAUCAGGAUAUAUCCUACUGUUCAUGUAUAUUUUGUGGUAUUGACAAUUCAGUUUAAAUUAAAUAUUCCACUUUGUUAAAGUAUUUGGCGAAUGAUGACAAUUUUUAUGGAUAUACAACUUCUUUUAUCACCUGAACUUCAAAAGUGCCCAUCAAAUAAGUAUUUGGCAUUUAAAUAAUAUAAUAUUUGUUUCAGGAAUGUAUCAGUAUUAUUGAUGUAUGAUGGAUAUAUUUACAGCAUAUGUCCUGAUAUGCUGGGAUUAAGUUUUGCUGUUUUAACUAACUUGUUCUUAGGCACUUUUUAACAAAUUUACAAUAAACAUUUUUUCAUUAUUUCUUUUCUAAAGGCUUUUAAUGCUUUUAUUUCAGCAAGUGAAUUUAUGUUGGCAUACAUUCAAAUGUCAUAUAAUAGUUUUAUUGAUGGAAUCAUGAUGAAAUAAUUAUGCAAAUUGAACUACUUUUGAUAAGCUCCAGGCAUUGAUGUCAACUUAAUCAAUAAACUGUUGCCCUGUGUGAGUGUUUCUGUACACAGAAUACCCAUUUGGCACUGUGCAAUUGAGGCAUAUCACUCUAACAUUGUAUUUAUACACUCUUUCCAAAGUUGUGUUUUUCUGACUGAAAUAAUGUCUUAUGAUUUAUUAUUUUAAGUUUUAAAAAUUACUUGAUUCACCAAAGGCUCUCAUAAUACAAUUUUUACUCCUAAUAUAUAACGCUUCCAACAAAAGAAGUCAUACGAGAACAUUAAGAUUUCUGUAUACUGAGAAUUGAAAAAUUACAAUUAGCUCAGUGUUAAUGUGCUGAGCAAGCAGGUUUCUAGACACCAUUUUACUGUUGUUUUAGUCAUGUGUGUGCAUUUAUGUCAAUUUGUACAAAAACAAAAGAAAUCCACACUUUUUUAUUUAUGAAUUCACCUUUUGUACUGCAGCAUGCAAGAGGCCAGUAAUUAAUGGAACUUGUAUUGUUGAACUAUCUUUAACAUGUCAGAUAUUCAUGUAUAUAGUCACCCCCUGUUGGCAUCAAAUGGAUGCACAGUCUUGUUCAUCUCCAUAUAUUUUAAAUUUGUCAAUUUUAUGAAUACAUGUACUCUAAAUGCAGACUGGAGAUGAAUUUUUAAAUAUAAAUUUGUUUUAGCUGAUUCUGCACACAUUAACUGUGUCCAAUUGAUGCCACAGGUAAUCCCCCUGUUUUCAUGUUUUGGUACAUUUAGUUAGUAAUCCUCAAAAUUCUGGUGCUACAUUUUCUGGGUGUGCUUAUUUCUAUUACAUGUUUUGAUACUUUUAUACAUUUCAACGGGCCAACAUUCUGUGAUUUUACUUACCUGCUGCACAUACAAUGCAUGUAACUAACUGAAUGUACUAAGAUGUCAAAACAGAAAUAAAAUUUCAGAAAAAAGUAUGUGUAUUUGUUGUUUGUGGAUGUAUGAAUCUAGUGUUGUGGAAAGAGCUGAAAAUAAGUUUAAUAUGUUACUGAUCAUACUGCAUUG